AUAAAAAUAAUAAAACGACGGCAGCAAUUCUUCAUUAAAAUUUCAUUGUGCAACGGUAACACUAUACAUCUGAACAUCAAAUAUAUAAAUAUCUAUUAUUAUAUAAAUAUUAACUUCGAAUUUAUACGAUUUCGUCAUAGUAUAAUAAAAUAGAACGCGAAAAUUUUAACAAUAUACCAUAAAUUAAAUAAUUAUAAUCGCUUACAUAACAUACACACACAAAAGUAAAAAUAAUAAUAAUAAAACAACAACAUUAAAUUUUCGAAAUCAAAAAAACAUUUAUAUAUAAAACAAAAAUAACGCAAAAAAAAAAAAAAAAUAUUAAAAAAGCUCAAAAAAUUAAUAUUCAACAAAAUUGAAACAUAUGGCAACAUUCUACUAUUUCUACUAAAAAAACGAAAACGAAAACUACAACAACAACUACUACUACAACUAUUAAAGGAACAACAAUACCAACUACUACUACUACUACUACUUGUAAAAUUGUAUAUAUACAUAAAAGGUUAAUAUAGAAAGAGAGCCAAGAAAACAAAACAAGCAAACAAAAAAAAAAUAAAAAGCAAAACACAAAAAUUUUAAAAAGAUUGCCGCCAGUAAAUUUUUAUAUGUCAAAAGGAAACUAAAAUAAAAAAAAACUUUCCAAAAUUGAGUUCGCAGCCAUGGGUAGCCCAUAUUAUAGAGAUAUGGAUGAACCAGUAAGCCCCGCUGGUGGCGGGCAUCAUCGUAGUCGAAGUGCAAGUCGACCACCAAUAUCACAUGCAAUGGAUUAUCCUAGAACAAGAUAUCAAUCGUUAGACCGUGGGGGUUUAGUUGAUCCACAUGAUCGUGAAUUUAUUCCUAUACGUGAACCACGUGAUCGUUCAAGAGAUCGAUCAUUAGAACGUGGUUUAUAUUUAGAAGAUGAAUUAUAUGGUAGAUCAGCGAGGCAAAGUCCGAAUCCGAUGGUUAUACCAUCAUCGGAUAGGGCAUACUUAGGUGAUCUGCAACAUCAAAAUACAGACUUACAACGUGAAUUAGCACAAUUAAAACGUGAACUAGAAUUAACAAAUCAAAAACUAGGUAGCUCAAUGCAUAGUAUAAAAACAUUUUGGUCACCAGAAUUAAAAAAAGAAAGAGCAUUAAGAAAAGAAGAAAGCGCCAAAUAUAGUUUAAUAAAUGAUCAAUUAAAAUUAUUAAGCAGCGAAAAUCAGAAACAAGCAAUGUUGGUUAGACAAUUAGAAGAAGAAUUACGAAUGAGAAUGCGUCAACCAAAUAUUGAAAUGCAACAACAAAUGGAAGCGAUAUACGCUGAAAAUGAUCAUUUACAAAGAGAAAUUGGUAUUUUAAGAGAAACAAUCAAAGACUUAGAAUGUCGCGUUGAAACACAAAAACAAACAUUAAUAGCACGCGACGAAAGUAUAAAAAAAUUACUUGAAAUGUUACAAAGCAAAGGAAUGGGCAAAGAAGAAGAACGGCAAAUGUUCCAACAAAUGCAAGCAAUGGCACAAAAACAAUUGGAUGAAUUCCGUCUGGAAAUUCAAAGAAGAGAUCAAGAGAUCAUGGCGAUGGCGGCCAAGAUGAAAACUCUAGAGGAGCAGCAUCAGGACUAUCAAAGGCAUAUAGCUGUUUUAAAGGAAUCAUUAUGUGCUAAAGAAGAACAUUACAAUAUGCUUCAAACUGAUGUAGAAGAAUUAAGAGCUCGUUUAGAGGAAAAAAAUCGCCUGAUAGAAAAGAAAACCCAAAGUGCCCUACAAGCUGUACAAGAGAGGAAUCGUUUAAAUAAUGAACUGACUGAAUUAAAAGACCAUAUGGAUAUUAAGGAAAGAAAAAUAAAUGUUUUACAAAGAAAGAUUGAAAAUCUAGAAGAUCUUUUAAAAGAAAAAGAUAAUCAAGUUGAUAUGGCACGAGCUAGAUUAUCGGCUAUGCAAGCUCAUCAUAGUAAUUCCGAAGGUGCUUUAACUAGUUUAGAAGAAGCAAUCGGUGAUAAAGAAAAACAAAUGAGUCAAUUACGUGAACAACGUGAUCGGGCUGAACAUGAAAAACAAGAAGAACGUGAAUUACAUGAAAGAGAAAUAGCCGAUUAUAAAAUUAAAUUACGAUCCCUAGAGAGUGAAGUUGAAAAACUUAAUUUGAGAUUAGAUCGUGCUAUGACAGAGAAAGAUCGAUUAGAAAUAAAAUUGGAAUCAUCACAAAGUGAAUUAGGUAAAUCAAAAGCAGAAUUAGAGAAGGCGACAAGUGAAGUUGGUCGAAGUAGUUCAGAUUGGGAACAAACAAAGCAGCGUAUUGCACGUUUAGAACUUGAAAAUGAACGUUUACGGCAAGAUUUAGAGAAAUCUCAGAAUUUGAAAACUGAGGAAAAACAUCUUUAUUAUGGAAAACAGACAACAUUUGGCCGUAAUACUUUAACAACAUCACAAGAAUUAGAUCGUGCUCAGGAAAGAGCUGAAAAAGCUGCUGCUGAUUUGAGAAGAACUCAAGCUGAAUUAAGAGUAACGCAGGCUUGUCUUGAAAAAUUAGCACACAAAUUUGAAGAGCUCGAAUUAAGUAAAGAUGUUGCUAAAGAUUUAAAGGAUUCUAGAGAUUAUGGUAAUCCUCAUCAUGAUCGUGAUAAAUAUGGUAAUCCUCAUCUUGAUCGUGGUGAUAGAUAUGGUAAUCCUCACCCUGUCAAAAAAGUUGAAACUAGAGAAUCAACAGCACAAACUUUAAUAUUCAACAUAGAGAGUGAUGCUGAACGUGCUCGCAAUGAAGCUGCUGCCUUACAAGAAAAACUUGAAAAAUCACAAGGUGAAGUUUAUCGACUUAAAGCAAAAUUGGAAAAUGCUCAAGGUGAACAAGAUAGUUUACGGCAAGAAAUGGAUCGUGUUCAAGCGAGUGUUAGCCGUAUACAUGCUGAAAGAGACAAAGCUUAUGCUGAGCUUGAAAAGAAUAAAGAAGAACUCGAAAGGACCCAGGCUACUUUAGGCAAAGCACAAUUACAGCAAGAGAAACUUCAAAUGAAUUAUGAUAAAGCUCAAAAUGAAGUUGAUCACUUGCAAGAACGCUUUGAUAAAGCAACCGCUGAAGUCCGACGUUUACAACUUGAAAAAGAAAAACAACAAUACGAAUUCGAAAAUAUUCAAUCACAGCUCGACAAAGCUUUGGGACAAGCAGCAAGAAUGCAAAAAGAACGUGAAGCAUUGGGUGCAGAUGGUGAUCGUUUACGUGAAAAAAUGGAAAAAAUACAAACUACACUUGCUCGUAUACAAAAAGAAAGAGAUACAUUUUCGGAUGAAAUCGAAACAAUGAAAGAACGUUUUGAAUCCACACAGACUCUCUAUCAGAAAUCACAACGAGAAAAGGAAGUCUUACAAACUGAAUAUGAGGUACUUAAAGAACGAUGGGAUAAGACACAUGGAAUGCAGCAAAAAUUACAGAUGGAAAGAGACGAUGCUAUUGCUGAAACAGAAAUACUAAAGGAUAAAUUAGAUAAAUCAUUGUAUGCAACACAAAAACUUAUUGAUGAAAAGGAUACAUCAAAUAAAGAAUUUGAAAAAAUGCUUGAAAAAUAUGAUCGCUGCCAGAAUGAAAUAUAUCGCCUUCAAUCACGCUGUGAUACUGCCGAAGCAGAUCGUUCACGUCUUGAAGUUGAAGCUGAACGAUCAUCUCAUGCAGCUACAAAAGCAAGAGAAGAUCUAAGAAAAUUACAAGAAGAAUCUGGACGUUUACAAGAGGCAUGUGAUAGAGCUGCCUUACAAUUAACUAGAUCAAAAGAAUUAGAAGAGAAAGCACGUGAAGAAUUAGAUUUAUUACGUGAACGUUAUGAUAAGAUAUCAUCAGAUUAUCGUAAAUUAAGUGGUGAUAAGGAACAUUUCUCAGAAGAAUUGGAACGUGUUCAAUAUGAAUUAGAUCGGGCACAUAAUGCAAAUACAAAAUCAAAUGCUGCAUUAGAUGCUGCACAAGAAGAAGCUGCCCAUUAUAAGGUUGAAUUAGAGAAAAUGCGUGAAAGAUAUGAUAAAAGUCAAAGUGAAAUUAGACGUUUACAAGAUACUGAAACAUAUGGCAGAGAGAUACGUCGCCUUAAAGAUGAAAAUGAAAAGGUACGUGAACGUUUGGAUAGAACAGUUAUGGAAAUGGAAACAAUACGUGGUAAAGCUGAACAUGAUGCUGAACAAUUUGAAAAACAAAAAGAUAAAUUCCAUCAACGCGAAAUUGAAAUACAAAAUUAUGAAUCAAAAUUACAUGAGGCAACCUUACAACUUGAAUUGGCCAAACAAGAAACCGCCAAAGUUAUUGCUGGACAGGAAAAACAACGCAAUGAACUUGAGCGAGCUCAUAUUGAAUGCGAAAAAGUUCGUGAUAAACAUGAGAAAUUGCUUAAGGAAGUGGAUAGGCUUCGUGAGCAGGUCAAAGAACACUCUGCUAUCGGUAUUAAACCAGCGGCUAGUCCGGGUGCCGGUCUCGACAAACCUAGUGAUAGCAAAGAGAUCGACCGUUUACGCGAUCGUUUAGAAAAGGCAUUACAAAUGCGAGAUGCAACCGAAUUAGAAGCUGGCCGAUUAGCAAAGGAACUGGAGAAAGCCCAAAUGCAUUUGACAAAGCAACAGGAAGCAAACGAAUCGACACGUGUCGAAUUCGAAAAAAUGGCUGCCGAAUUGACCCGUUUACACGAACGCCUUGAAAGAGCAGAAAGCGAAAAGGAACAAUUACGUCAAAUUGCUGCCAGUAAGGGCAACGGCGGUGGAGCAACACCAGCUCAAGUGGCACAAUUCGAAAAAAUUGUAAUUAAAUUAGAGUCAGAUUGCAAACAAUUACAACACGAACGUGAUCAACUUAUCUCGCAACUAGAAAAAAGUCAAGAUAUGUUGAUGAACUUCCAAAAAGAAUUGAAUGCAGCUGAACAAGAAUUACAAAGAUUACGUGAAGAAAACCGCCGAUUGCGAAACGGACAACCAGCUCAACAACCUUCACAAGAAACACAGCGUUUACAACAAGAAAUUCAAGUUCUCAAGCAGCGAUUACAAGAAGCUGGAAAUGGAGGCCCAAGACCCGAAGAGCUUGAACAAUGGCGAAAGGUCAUUGAAUCUGAGAAAAAUAGAGCCGAUCAAGCUGAGAAAGCUGCAGCAGAACUACUUAAGAGAGUGCAGACCAUGGAGAAACAAAUUCAGCAACAAGUUACACAAAUGCAAACAAUGCAAAAACAAAUUCAACAAGCCCAACAACAAACCACUGCUCAAGGUCAAGAAGUUAACAAAGAUAUUGAAAAACUUCGCGUUGAACUACAAAAUGCAGUUACAGAGAGGGAUCGAUUCCAAAAUCAACUUGAACUUUUGGUUCAAGAACUUGAAAAGAGUCAGCUUGAUCUUUCUGAAGCUACAAAUAAACUUCAAGCCUCAACUCAACAACAACAGCAAUUACAACAACAAUUGCAACAACUGCAACAAGCCCAAGCUCAAGGUCAAGCUGCUGUUGAUGAUGUACAACGCCAACAAUUAGAAGCCCAAAUGAAACAGAUUGAAGAAGCUCAUAAACAAAUUGAAGCUCAGGCUAAAUCAAUUGAAGGACAGGCCAAGACUAUUGAAAGCGAGCGUAAGCUGCUUGAAGAUCAAAGAAAGUCUAUUGAAGCUAAACGCAAAGAAUUGGAUGAAAAGGAAGCCAAAUUAACUGAUUUCAAUCAGCAACUAAAUGUUAGAAAAGAACAAAUGGAUCAAUUAGAACAACAAAUGCAACAAGCUGGAGGAACAGCGGCUGCAGCUGGAGAGCUUAAUAAACAAUUAGUUGAUUUACAAAAUCAAUAUCAAGCAGUCGUAAAAGAAUUAAAUGAACACAAGGAAAAUUUGCAAAAAGCUCAAACCGAAACAGAAAGACUUUUACAAUUGGUUGCAAUGUCUCAGGAAGAACAAAAUGCGAAGGAAAAGGAUAUCAAAGAUUUGCAACAAGCCUUAAAGAAUGCUCAAGCCAAAUUGAAGCAAGCCCAACAACAGCAACAGCAAGAUGCUGGACCCGCUGGCUUCCUCAAGAGCUUCUUCUAAAUUUAUACCAAUUCUAAUUUAAUAAUGUUAUUAAAUUUUCUGUAGAUAUUCAUUAUAGUAGUUAUUUAAAGAAAUAUAAAAAGAAAAAUGAGAAAUAAAUUGUCAAAGAAGAAGAACACCUGCAAUACAAUAAAAAGGAAAACAGAAAAUAUUAAUUGAAUAACAACUAAAAAUCAGAAUGGUGCAAAUUUCUUAAAAAUUAGACUAAAAAAAAAAUUUAAACCAGACAUACUAGAAUAUUGCCAAUAAUAUCGAAUUGGAACCGUUUUAAUUGCUGCAUUAAUUACGAUAUUUGAAAAUUUAACAAUUCCUAUAUUAAUCAAUUUGUUAUUAAAUUUUUGAAAGCUAUAGAAAAACACUUCCCAAAUAAUUUGCUUUCAAGAUUAUUUUCAAAGAUAAAAAUUAGCUUCAAAAAAUAAUAAUAUGAAAUAAUCGAAAAAAUAUAAUUUAGUUUGUUAACUACAAAAACAAAACAUAACAGAUAGAUCUAUGUAUACCAACAGAAUGUUGAUCAUCAUUAUCAUAAUAAAAGGUGCAAUCAUGCAUGGAAAUAAACCCAAAUUCUAAAAAGCAAAAAAUAAAUCAAUAUUAAUUUUUUGUAUAUAGAAAUAAAUAAUUAAUAUAAAUAAAAAAAUAAUUAACAAGAAAAUUGAAAUGACGAUAAAGAAGCACAAAAAUUGUAAAUGAUUAUUAUAUCAAUAUACUAUUAUAAAAAUUAAAAUAUUUUUUUGAGAAUUACUCUAAAUUUUAAGCAAUGUUCAAAAACAUUUCUACCUUUUUGAUUUUAAUACACUUGGAUAAGGAAUCAUAAAAUUUUAGAAUUAUUUGGCUGGGAGUGAACAAUCUAUAAAUAGAAUAUGAAGCUUUAUUAAAAAAAAAAAUAAACAUUACCAUUACACAUUAUAAAUAUAUUUGCAAUAAAAAUUUGUUAAAUUAAAAUAUGCUGGAAAAUUAAAAAAAAAAAUAAAAUAUAGAAAAUGAUGAUUGAAGAAAAAACAAAGCACUGAUUAACACAAAAUAAUUUUCGAUCAUUACAUUAUGUACAUACGUUAUACAUAUUAUUAUAUACAACAAAAAAUUUUAUUAAUUACCUAGUAAAAAAAGUAAUUUCUUUUGUUUUUAGUUUUUUUAUUGUAUCAAAAAUCUACAAUUUCAAUUUAUUCUCCAAUUUCAAUUAUUCUUAUCCAACAUUUCUAUUUUUUUUUUUUAUUUAAUGUCUUAUAUUCCCUAAAUAUGGAAUUGAAUAGUUUCUUCAAUAUUUUAUUUAAAUAAAUACAUAUAUUAUUUUUUUUUCGUAUUAUUUGUUCUUUUAAUUUAGUAAAUACUUGAUUUUGUAUUUGUGUAAAAUUUAAGUAAAAAAAAAAAUCAAAUAAAAAAAAUCAGAUAAAAUAUAUUUAGAUAAAAAUAAAAAUUAAUUAACAUAAAAAUUAAAUAUUAUGUAUAAAAUUAUAGAAAAACUUAUAGAUGAAAUGUAAUUAAAUAUUUAAAUUUAUUAUUUUAAUCGUAGCUUAAUUUUAAAAAAGUAAAUUGAAAUUGAAAAGCAAGAAAAAGAGACAAAAUAUUUUGAAAAAAAAUUAAAGAAAAUUACAAUAGUAAUUAAACUAUAUUAUAAAUAUAAAUAUAUAAAAAAAAAUUUAAAUCACUGCCAGUAAUCGCAUGAACAACAAAAAAAAAAAAAUUAUAAAUAAAAAACAAAAAAACAAGUAACAACACUGCUAUUCAUUUGAAUUGCUAUUUUGUGCAGUAUAAUCUAGCAGAUUUCAUAAAAUUAAAUCAGAUUUAAAAAUUAAAAACAAAUCUAAUUCUACUUUAUUUUAUAAAAUUUUUUUAAAUUUUUUUCUUACUGUUUUUGAUUUUAUUGUAUCUUUUGUUAUCAGUAACAAAAGAAAUGAUAGAAAAUUGUUCAAUACCAACGCAGUGUGUUUUAUUUAUUAAUUUCUUAAUUAAUAUUAUUUUAAUUACAUUUCUUUUCAAAAAUAAUUUUAUUCACAAAAUAAAUGUUUAAACAAUCAAUAAAUAUUUAAAAACAAAACAAACAAAAAUGUUACAAAUUUAUAUAUAAUAUAAAAAAAAAAAAAACAAAUCAUAUCAUUUGCAUAUUAACUUUAAAAAACAGAAGUAUAAAAAGAAUGUUUUAGAUGGAAAAGUGAAAAAUUAGAGAAAAAUUUUAUAUUAAUAAAAUAAAUAAUAAAACAAAAUGUAUAGUUAAAUAUUUUAUUAAAUUAAAAAAAAAAACAAAACAAAACAAAUGCAAUAUCUUUAGAUCAAAUAACAAAAUUUUUUUCAUAUACAAUGUAUGUAUAUAAUUUAAAUUUCUUAAAAAAGAAUUUAAAUAUUUAAAAUUAUUUUAAAAUAUAAUAAUUUUUACCAAUAAAAUAUUUAAUAUUAGUAAAUAAAAUAUUAUUUGUUCUUUUAUCUGCUCGUUAUAAAAAAAAAACUGAAUAGUUUUUUAAUAAAAAUACUAAAUUUGUAUUUUUUAUUCAAAUUAUUUUAUCAUGUUUUUAUACAUCUUCAAAAACAAAAAUAUCCUUAUUUAAUUUUAACAAAUCAAAACAAUAAAUUAUUUUAAAUAUUGGAGUAACUAAUUGAUUAAUUUAGUAGUUUUUAAUUAUUUAAAAGAACAUUCAAUUUUCCCAAUUUAAUUUCGUUAUUUAAACGAAUAUUAUCAAAAAUAACCUUCAGUAUAUAUACGAGCAAUUAUUUAAUUUAUUUCAUUGAGAUAUUUUACCUUAUCAAAGCUAUUACAAAAAAUUUUAAAGUUACAAUUUCUUAUUUACACCAUAUUUAUAUAAAGUUUUUAAAAACAAAUACCAAAAAAAAAAAACAAACUACAAAAAUAUAUACAUACAUACUAAAUAUAUUUGAAAUUAAAAUAAAAAUACAAAAAUUUGUAUAUAUAAAAUAUAAUAGAACAAAUAAAUAUGAAAAAAUAUUAAAAGUAUAAACAAUUGGUAAUGAAAGUGUUUAGAUAGUAAGUGUGAUACAAAAAAAAAAUACAUAGUAUAAAUAUUAUACAAUUACAAGAAAAAAAAAAAAACAUAAUAUAUGAUACCUAAAUUCUAAUGUUUUACUAAAUUAUAAAAAAAAGCAUUAUAUUCUUAUUAAAAAGCAAAUGUUUUGGCAGCCAUUUAAAUAUAUGAAAAAUCAAUCUAUAAUAAAAUAAUACAAUAAUAGUUAGAAUAAACACAAAACUGUCAAAAAAAAUUAUAAAAUUUCUUUUGUUAAUUUUGCCUAUUCGUCUAUAUAUAUUUUCAAGCAAAAAUUAGAAACAUUAAUCAAAAUAACAAAAUUAAAACACAAUCUCCUCACAAAAACAAAACAAAAAAAAAAAAAAACACUAUAAAAUAAAUCAACACGUAACAAAAUAAAAUUCAAUUCUAAAAAACAAAAAAAUAUAAACUUAUACAUUAAGUAAAGAAAAAAUUUUAUUCACCGAUACAUACAAAAACUUAAAAUACAUAUAAAUAAUAAUUAAAAAAAAAAUAUAAUUUUAUUUUUAUUUACAAUAUAAAUGCUACAAAUAUGUUAUUGAAAUAAUAAAUAAAUCAUAAUGUAUUUAUUAUUAAAAUACAAAAAAGAUAUAAUAUAAAUAAUCUGUAUAAUAUGCAUGGUACAAUAACAAGAUAAUAAAAUAUGAAACUACAAAAAAUUAUAUAAGAAUUUCAAAAUAAAUAAUAAAACUAAAAUUAAAAAGGCAAAAACCUAACUUCAAAUUCAAAACAAAAUUUUUAAAUAAUGCUUAAUCUUGAAAAUAAAGAUCCUUGAAUAUAAAAUCACAAGAAUACAUUAAUGCAUAGAUAGUUGAAAAUGAGAAAACGAGUAAAGAGAAUGAGUAUAAUUAAAGAAAAAUUUUAAUUAUCGGGAAAUUGGAAAACAUUUAUAUAAUUACAUAUAAUACAUAUAACAUGCUUUUAAUUUAUACAAAGAAAAACUAUACAUAAUUAUUUUAUUUUAUUCUAAAUAAAAUUAAUUUCGAACUAAUUUCAAUUUACAUACUGGAGGCAUACACACUUCAAAAUUUACUAAUUAUAUAAAAAAUCCCUUAAGCACUUAUACUCUAACAUAUUUUUACAACAAAAAUCACAUUAAAUUAUAAUUUUAAAAGUUAAUGGCAAUUGCAAUAUUACAAAAUUGAAUUUGACAUCAUGUCUCUGCAAUAAUACAAAACAGAAUUAAAUUUAAAUUUAUAGUAAUCUAUGUUGCAUUUAGAUUUUUGCAAAAAUAUUUACAAUUAUUCUUAAUUCAAAACGUUAAAACUUAAUAAAUUUUCUGUAACAUACAAUUUAUAAAACUAUAAUUUUUCCAAAAAAUUAUAAAAAAAAGUUAUACAUUAUAUGCUUACAUUAUAAUUUUUUCUUGUUCAAUAACUAUAAAUUUAAUUUUAGACUUCUUCUAUAACUACAAAUUUGAUUUUAAAAAAAUUUCUAACCUUAUCUAAGGCAUAAUUUAUACGCAAAAUUUUUAAAUUAAAAUUAAAAAAUAAAUUUAUUAUAAAUUUUUUUUUUUUUAAUUUAUUUCAUAAAACAAUGUCGGCAUGAUUGUGGAUAUAGUUUGGUAUAGAUUUGUUUUUUUUGUCUUCAAUUAAUUAUUUCUCUUUAUACCAAUUUGGUAUAAUUAGCCGUUAUAAAUUUUAUUAUUAUAUUUUAAAUAAAUUAAAUUAUAUAUUAAUAAAUACUAUUUCUAUAUACUCAGCCUCCAAACUUAAAUAAUGAAAAAUAGUAAUAAAUUAAAAAAAAGUAAUAAAUUUUCAAAUUCAUCGAUAUUAAUGUGGCAAUAUUAUAAAAUAUAUUGACUUAAAUUUAUAUAUUAUUACAUAAAAUUUACAUAAUUUCUUUGUAGACAAUAAAAUAUAUUAAUGUAUAAAAAAAAAAAAAAAACAAAAUGAUAGUAUAUACUAAAUAUAUUACUUAUAUAAAUAAUGAAACCAAUUUUAUUAAAUUAAAAAAUAUUCUGAAAAAUUCUAAUUAAUAUUUUUUUUUUCAAUUCAAUUUUUUUCUUCAAUUUUCUUCAAAUAUUUUUUUUUCUGCAAUUCAAUUUCUUCUUUUUCAAUUUAAAUAAAAUUUUUUUUAUUAGUUCUUUUUAUAAUUGUAAUAUUGAAAUUAUAAUAUUACAACAAUAGUUUCAUUGUCAUAUAUAACGUUCAGUUUUAAACAUUUUAUUUAAACGCAAUAAUAAAAUAAUUACGAUUCGAAUGUUAUACCCUACCAACUGAUAUAUAGCUUUUAUAUUAUUAAAAUUGCCACUUGUGAUAUUGAAACUAUUUAUUUAUAAUAAAAUUUACAAAGUUCGUAUAUAGUUUCACUGUGAUAUCAUAUUUUAUAAAAGCUAUUCAAAUAUUAAAAAAAAACAAUGUUUUAUCAAAAUUAUAAAGAAUCGUAUCAAUAUAUAUAUUAAAAUUUGAACAAGCGUUUAAAGUAAAAAACUAGUUUUUUUUCUGCCGCGAAUUCGCUGCCAUAUUUGCGUUAUAAAUAUAAUUGGUUUUUGAAACUAAAACUUUUAUUAAAAAAAUAACAAAGAAAAAAAUGAUAUUUCUAAAAAUUUCUUUUAAAAUCUGCCGUAUUUAUUAUUAAUAUUUUAUUGUUUAUUAAAAAAAAAAACAAUUCAAUUUAUAUUAUAUACAAAACUAAUAAAAAGUAAAAACAUAUAUUUAUAUUAUAUUUAUCAAAAUAAAAAUUUAAAAGAUGAAAAAAAAAACAUGUUAUUUAGAUAGAAAAAGUUUUUAAAUAUACCUUAACUUAUAAAAUUCACAAUAUAUAAUAUGAUCCAGUCCCUUUUUACAAUAUAUUUAAAAUAUAAUAAUAAAAAAAAAGUUUAAUGAAAAUGUAUACAUUUAAAAAAAAUUAUUAUAAAAAAAUACACUAUAUUUGAAAGAUUAAAAACAAAUUAUACGUGAAUGUUAUAUUGAAUUAAAAUAUAACAAAAAAAAAAUAUACAUAUAUAACAACAUUAUGCAUAUACAUAUAAGUAUAUAGUAUAAACUUUAAAAAUUUUUUUCAAAAAAUAAAUUAAAAUGAAUUUAAAAACAAACAGAAAAAAAAUUUAAAUAGAAUAAAGUUUUGCGUUUGAAUAAAAAUACUAUAAUUAAAUAAGCAAUAAUAAUAUUAAAAAAGUUCAAUAUAUAUAUGCAUAUAACAAAUAUGUAUAUAUGUGAUUCUAUUACUAUAAAUGUAAAUUUUUUAAAAUAACAUACAUAAUAUUAUAUUAAAUAAAUUUAAUCCUAAAUCAUGCUGAAAUUAUUUAUUAAUUCUCUUUAAAGUUCUUAUCACUUUUCACACUCUAUAUAAAUAUAAAUUAUAAUACUCGUCUUUUUUUCUUAAAAUAUUUUUACCGAAAUUACAUAAUUAUUAUAGAAAUUUGAAGUAAAUUUCACUGGAAAUAAACAACUAAUUCAAUGCUUAUAUAUUUAGUGAAUAUUAUUCAAAUUGAAUCAUAAUCAAAAUAUAUUUUGCCUAUAUAUAAUUUCCAAUUUCUUGACAAACUAAGGCCCUUAGUUAUAAAUUUUUAUUAUUUAUUGAUAAUACAAUCAGAAUCAACCUUAUAUAAAAAAAAUAUAUUUUAUUUGUGAUUUUUUGAUUCAAUUUUAAAUUUUGAUUCAAUUAAGAUUUUAAUUGAAUGAUUUUCAAAAAUGAUAAAAUUGUCACAACUAUAUUACUUAAAGUUUCCAGUGAAAAAUUUCAAUUUCUCAUAUUGAUUAAAAAACAAAUAAGGAAAACUAAAAUCCAAAAAAAAAAAAAAUCAAACAAACAAUCACAUACCGACAUAUUAAUUGUAAAUAAAAUAUAAAUUAUAUAAAACAUGACAAAACAAACUAAAACUUUUACACUAUACUCUCAUCAAUUAUGUUUGAAAACAAUCAAGUUAUACGUGAUUAAAAUAAUUAAUUUUUUUAAAUAAAAAAUUAUGUAAAAAAAAAUGAAACUAAAAAAAAAAAGAAUCCAUUUCCCACCUUUAAAUUCAUUUCAAAAUAUACAAAAAGAAAAAAAAAAAGCUAUAACGUCUACUAUCCAAAGUAGAACAAAAAAAAAAAAGAAAUAAAAACAAAACCA